CCGCAUUUCUGCAGCUGGUUUCAGGCAGACAUUAAAGUGAGACUUAGCUGCGCAAUCCAAUCCACACCAGCCUGCCCCCAGUGAGGGAUUAUUUCAUGAUUGCUUUAACAUUUUUUUUUCCCUGGACCUAACUCUUUUCAUCUUCCCUAGUAUUUCCUUUUUCUGCAGCUUAGUGUCUUACCUAUUUUUCCUAUUCUCUUUUUUCUUUUCUUUGGACAAAAAAAAAUAAAAAAUAAAAAAAGAAAGAAAGAAAGAGAGAAAUUUCGAUUUCUUUUCCCUCCCCUUUCCUCAUUCCAUUUCUUUUGCGGAAGGUUCCCGCGGACACCGCUUACAGAGUGUAUUUCUUAUCGCAUGACCAAUUCUAUUCAAUCAUGAGCUUCAAUUCACGAACAUACCUCCGGUUAAAAUGUCGUCUCGCCAGAACUAGACGCUAACACAGUAAUACACUAUCACUACAUCAGAAUUGCGCGAUCUUCCCUUGAACCCUUUUCACACUCACCUUCCACGCGAGAAUCCCUCCACGAGAUUGCGUCUGUUCGCACCGUCUGAUCCCAGCCCGGUGUGGACCGGUGUGACGGGGGUGCAACCGUCAAGAUGUUUUCCGCUUUUCUUCGCGGGGUAUCGUCGGCCAAGUCGCAGAUUCCACUAGUAAAGAAUCUCCGCUUCAACUUCAUCUUGAUCCAUUACAUCUAUAUCAUCGCGAUCAGCUUACUCACCUCUAUCAUUAUCUAUCCGGGCAACGACCUGGCGUAUAUCGAUGCCCUCUUCUUCUCGGCGGGGGCCGCCACCCAGAGCGGACUGAACACAGUGGAUUUCAACUUGCUGAAAACAUAUCAGCAAGUGGUCCUCUAUUGGGUUUCUAUGCUGACAACCCCCAUCUUCAUCAACACCGUUCUCGUUUUUGUCCGACUUUACUGGUUCGAAAAGCGGUUUCAGCACGUCGUUCGGGAUGCUCGAGCUCUACGCCAAACCCGAUCCAGAAUGCGGACCAUGAGCGAAGACAAGGAUACCCAAAGUCACAACCGGGAAGAGGCUGGCAUCGGCGGUCGCUCCAUUGUAGUGUUACGCAAUAAUCAGGGAGACGCCGAGCAACCCAAGGACGUUUACAAGACGCCCUCGGACAGUGACUCGGGACCAAGUUCGUCGGCGGUAAAGGACGACAGUGGCCAUACCUCCGAGCAAGAAAAUGAUCCCAAUAGCACCUUGCAGCGAGGAUUUGGAAGUCUCCGGGUGCCGGCCCAACUGAGUCCCGAACAUCACAUUGCCUUUUUGGAGAACCAACGGAGGAGCAAGGGUGCGUUGAGAAUCCCCAGUCCAAGGGAAUAUGACCGCGGCGGAGUGCCUGAGGUUCUGGAAGAAGGAGGAGGAGGGGGGGAAGGCGUUGAGGCCGCUCGCACAGUCAGUAAUACUUCUGUUGAACCGCGAAGCCCGCGCGAUAUGGAGGAAGACGACCAGGUAGGACCCAUGGAGGGUCCGCAUAUCACCAUUAAUGAGCCUGAUAUGAUGCGGACGAGAACGAGGAAUUCUACCUUCCCCCGAUUAGACACUCGCCCUACCGUUCGUGAGACGGCGGACUUCAACGAUCCAUCGUCGCCUCUGGCCCGCACCAACACCCGGAGACCCACGUUUACCAGCGUGUUUCGAUCGCUAACACAGGAAAGAGACCGGAACACACUACCCUAUCUGAGUUGGAAUGCCACGGUUGGCCGUAAUUCCCAGUUCGUCGAUCUGACGGAGGAGCAGCGUGAUGAGCUAGGAGGCAUUGAGUAUCGCGCCCUGAAAACAUUGGCGGUCGUCCUGAUCUGCUACUAUGUCUGUUUCCACCUUCUGGGGAUUAUCUGCCUAUGGCCGUGGAUCAUGACAACCCGUUGGGGCUCGGCUGUCACCAAGAUCGGGCAAGGACGGCCUUGGUGGGCAAUCUUCACGGCUGCGUCGUCUUUCAAUGAUGUCGGGUUCUCCAUCACUCCUGACUCCAUGGCCUCCUUUCAGGAGGCUAUAUUUCCCCUUCUCCUGCUGACCUUCCUCAUCAUUAUCGGCAAUACAGGCUUUCCCUGUAUGUUGCGAUUGAUCAUCUGGUUCUGUUCCAAAAUCGUGCGCAAAGAAUCGUCCUUGUGGGAGGAAUUGAAAUUCCUCUUGGAUCACCCACGUCGCUGUUUCACCCUUCUCUUCCCCCGCAAUGCUACCUGGUGGCUGUUUGCAACCCUGGUGGCCUUAAACGGAAUUGAUUUGAUCUUUUUCAUCAUUCUAGACUUGAAUGACUCCGCUGUCACGUCCUUAUCUACUGGUAUUAAAAUCGUCGACGGCCUUUUCCAGGCUGCCUGCACGCGUACUGCCGGUUUUUCGGUCGUCAGCAUAUCAGAGUUGCACCCUGCCGUUCAGGUGUCCUAUAUGAUCAUGAUGUACAUCUCAGUGUUCCCGAUUGCUAUAUCUCUUCGUCGCACCAAUGUUUAUGAAGAAAAGAGUCUAGGGAUCUACGCACCUGACGAGGACGAUAACGAUGAGAACCAGACCGCGCCCAGUUACAUUGGGGCCCAUCUGCGGCGACAGCUGAGUUUCGACUUGUGGUACGUGUUCUUGGGCUUGUUCAUCAUCGCCAUUGUCGAAGGCGGCCGCCUGCAGCGCCAGGAUGAAUAUGCGUUUCAGAUUUGGUCGGUUCUUUUCGAGGUUGUCUCUGCCUAUGGCACGGUUGGAUUGUCUCUUGGGUACCCGGGCGUCAACGCGUCGUUCGUAAGCGAGUUCCAAGUAUUAUCAAAGUUGGUCAUUAUUGCCAUGCAAAUCCGUGGUCGGCAUCGUGGUCUUCCAUACUCUCUAGACCGUGCCAUCUUGCUUCCGUCCGAGGCUUUGAACCACCAUGAAAUCGCGGAUGCAGAGCGUCGCAUGCGCCGCCGUGCUUCCAGUCUCAGCCAAACGGCUACUAUGGAUCGCCGGCAGUCCCAGGCUCAGCAGGAGAAUGCCGUGUCCACCGGGCGUGAUCCCAAGGAUAGAAAUCCGCACAGCCCGAUCAUCCGUCGCCAGUCUACAUUACGAUCACAACGAUCCCAGUGGUAGGAGGUUUGCUUAUAGAAGAUUACUUGGCUUCACCGUGCGUUCAAAAUUUCUUUCGAUGAUCUUCGAUUCAACAGUCAUCGACCUUAGUCGGAUACUUGGGUGUAUACGUCUCUUUUCGGUGUUCUAGACCUAAUUACUGGGAUACACUUGUCUUUAAGCGUCGUCUCUUUUUCUUUUUUUUUUUUCCCAGCAUAUCAUUGCUUGAGCGUCUACAGUGCUUUCCUCAACUCUAGGGCUGUAUAAUGUGACCGUUGUGACUUACGGUGGCUAGUUUUCCUUCUUGUAUCUGUCCAAUUUUAAUAAUGUCACUCAGCAGGCUGCGUGUAAGAUAUAUUUUUACUUUUGUUUUAUUUGUAUCAUAAGUAUCUAACUCACCAUGUAUAGUACAUUUUGCUCCAAUUUCAGUACGACUCUUUGGGUGUCCGAAAGGACAAACCCCUCCCUCCUUCCAAGAAUACGUGCAGCCAUAACUAGAAUCCAUAUCAACAGCAC